AUGUAUCGACCUACGUCGCCGCGAGGCCUUCUCCUCUUCGCACUGGCGGCGCUCUUGAGCCUAGCGCUCGCUGAUAAUCCAACAAAGACCACGACUUCAACCACGUCCGUCGUUACUCCUUGCGUUGCGACGUCGACCAAUGGCGCUUUCUUCGAUCUCCGCCCCGACCAGGCCAUUGUGGUCGCUGAGGGGGAGAAGCCGCCGAAGGGCGUACCCACCGAGGACUACACUGCCAGAGGUUGGGACUAUGGGACCAACUUCACUCUGAACAUCUGCGGGGCCGUUGUUGGUGAGGUCACCGACGUCGUCGGCGUUGAAGAAAAGUAUUGGCGCAACGUCAGUGCCUAUUACACAAAGGAUGGGAAGAUCUACUCCCUGGGUCUACAAUCAGGAGACUUGAUCCCUCGCGGGCGCAAGCUUGUACUUCAGUACACCGGCGGGUCGCCAUGUGGUGCUCCUGAGAACAAGCGCAGACGUAAGCGCCAAUAUCUUGAGGACGAUCCGGAAGGAAUGCAUAGCAGGUACGACGACGAAUGGCGCCGAUACGACGAGGGCAACGAGAACUGGAGCGACGAGGACCGCGACCGGAACAAUGAAGGGUCCAGGGAAAAUCACGAGGAGGACAGGGAAGACAAGCCUCCGACCACCCGUCGCAAGUCGGCCCUCAUCUCCUUCCUCUGUGACCGCGACCCCGACACGCCCACCGCGGCCUCCUUCGUCGGCACAGAUCCUGACGAGUGUGCUUACUUUUUCGAAGUGCGCUCAAAGCACGCCUGCGCGGCCGCCGAGCCUCACAAGCCCGGCAGUGUUGGUCCUGGCGGCGUCUUCGCCAUCAUUUUCUUCAUCACGGUCUUGGUCUACGUCAUCGGAGGCGUUUUCUACCAGCGUACCGUUGCGCAUGCCCGUGGCUGGCGACAGCUGCCGAACUACAGUCUCUGGGCGGGCAUCUGGAGCUUUGUCAAGGUACGGAGGGGGGAUGAGCAGCGGAAGAGCCCGGUGUAUUCGGCGCUCUGA